AAGACUUUUAUUUUGGGUUUAUUCAUAGGCUCAACUAAUGGAUGUGAGAGAACUUCAUUUGCUUUUUUGCGACAAGAACUUCCUGUGAGGUUUGCAAACAUACUGAGAGAAAUUGAUCUUCUUCCCGAUAAAUUACUAGGCACUCCAUCAGUACAAUUAGUAAAAAGCUGGUACAUCCAAAGCCUAAUGGAGCUGGUUGAGUUCCAUCAGAAAAGCCCACAUGACCAAAAAGUCUUAUCUGACUUUAUAGAUACAUUAAUCAGAGUCCGAAACAGGCAUCAUGAUGUGGUUCCUACAAUGGCACAAGGAGUGAUUGAAUACAAAGACACUUUUAAAGUAGAUCCUGUCACCAAUCAAAACAUUCAGUAUUUUCUGGAUCGUUUUUACAUGAGCCGUAUUUCUACCCGAAUGCUAAUGAACCAACACACCCUUCUCUUUGACGAUAAAUCUGGCUCAGGGCACCCAAGGCACAUUGGAAGUAUUGACCCUUGCUGUGAUGUUGUUGAAGUAGUGAAUGAUGCUUUUGAAAGUUCCAAGAUGUUAUGUGACCAGUAUUACUUAACAUCUCCAGAACUGAAGCUUACUCAAGUGAAUGGAAAAUUUCCAGGAGAGCCAAUUAACAUCGUAUACGUCCCAUCUCAUCUUUUUCAUAUGCUUUUUGAGCUCAUUAAGAAUUCAAUGAGAGCAACCGUUGAAUUCCAAGAAAACAGUCCUUCCCUUUCUCCAAUUGAAGUGACAGUUGUUCUAGGACAAGAAGACCUGGCAAUUAAGAUCUCAGACAGAGGAGGUGGUGUUCCAGUAAGGAAAAUUGAGCAGCUGUUUAGCUACAUGUAUUCCACAGCACCAAGGCCAACGAUGGAUGAUGGUCGAAAUACCCCUCUUGCUGGCUUUGGGUAUGGCUUGCCAAUUUCUCGUCUGUAUGCUAAAUACUUUCAAGGAGAUCUAAAUCUGUACUCCAUAUGUGGUUAUGGAACAGAUGCUAUUAUCUACUUGAAGGCCCUAUCAACAGAAUCAGUAGAAAAACUUCCAGUUUUUAACAAAUCUGCUUCCAAGCAUUACCAAGCUACCUCAGAGGCAGAUGACUGGUGCGUCCCGAGUAAAGACCCAAAGAACGUAUCAAAGCAGAGCGCAGCUCUCUGAAGAGAGGUUGGUAUCCAGACACCCAAGGGGAUCAAGCUGGCUUCUCAAAAAAGACUAGAGUUUGGAAGUAUUCAUCUACCUCCAAACAAGCAAAUUCUUCAGUUUCAGGACAGGCAGAAGAGAAAGAAGAUCGGGAUGUUAUAGCCGGGGCUGUAUGCACUGAAUGUGAAAUCUUGCUGUGGACUUCAGGAUGAGGAAAAUAGGAGCACAUACCUCUUUAAAGAAGAAAUGAGUAUAGAGGAAAAUCAGACAAUUUUUUUUUUCUUAUGAUCAAAGACUUGAUGUGGUAGAGGUGUACUAUUUUUGAGUCCUGUUUAAUGCUUGAAUACUGAUAAAUGUCAGUUAUACUGGUGUAUAUUUUUCUCCUAGAAUAGUUAUCAGCAGUUCAUCUUAUUACAGAACUUCUCAGGUAGAUAGAGAACACCUGUAUUUUAAAGCUGUAUUUUAUAACAUUUGGAAAAGAUACACUUAAAGUGGCAGUCUUGUAGCAAGAUACAAACAGCAUUCAAAUACAGCCUGACUGGGAGGGAGGGAGCCCUGGGAGGUAGGGAGAAAGUGGUUUUCCAUAUAUGAUGAAGUCCCGUUU